AUGUCUGACCUCCCCAAUCUCCUCCUCGCUUCCCUUAACCCUACUUCACGAAAACAGGCAGAGCAAAACCUACAAACACUCAGCGUUCAACCCAGCUUUCUCUCCGUCCUUCUCCGCCUUGUCCUCGACCAGUCGCAGGACCGCGCCAUCCGGCUCGCCGCGAGCGUUUAUCUCAAAAACGUCGUCAAGACACGAUGGGAGGACGAAGAGCCUCCCGUACCAGAGGCGGACAAGACCGCUCUGCGGAGUGAGCUCAUUCCAGCCAUGAUCGCGCUCUCGAACGCGUCCAGCAAGGCCAUGCGUGCACAAAUAGCGGAGGCGAUAUCCCUGAUUGCGAGCAAGGACUUCCCGGAGCUGUGGCCGGAUCUCAUGGAUCAACUCGUGCAAUCACUCUCAGAAGAGAACUAUGACGUGAACAUAGGGGUUCUCGAGACUGCACACUCAAUAUUCCGCCCCUGGCGCUCAGAGGCACGCUCCGACCCCCUCUUCCUCACCAUCAACUACGUGCUGGAACGCUUUGCGACGCCCUUCCUUUCGCUCUUCAACCAUUCAGCGCAGCUGCUCUUCGCAGUGCCCGCGCCACCAAAUCUCUCGCUGGUUGCGCAGGCGGUGGUAUUGCUCGUAGAUAUCUACUAUGACUUGACGUGCCAGGAUCUACCACCGGCCAUGGAGGACAACCACUUGCACUUCUUUGGGCCUCCGGAUGGAUUAUUCAUCAAGACGCUGACGCUAGAGCGCCGCGAACUGCAAGGAGACCUCGACGACACAACGCCGUCGCUAUCUGCCCAGAUCAAGACGGGGAUUCUGGAAAUCUGCGAGCUCUAUAUCAAAUUGUACCCGGAAAUGAUGCUGAAUGCAGGGUCGGUGCCGGCGGUCGUGCAACAGGUGUGGCAGCUUGUCGGUACCGACCGACGUCUGAGCGUCGGCGACGACGGGCUUGUGUCACAGUCACUACGAUUCAUCUCCACCACGAUCCGGACCGGGCACUAUAAGGAGCUAUUCGGGUCCCGCGAGACGAUUUCACAGCUCGUGCAGGGCAUCGUCGUGCCGAACGUCGGCUUGCGAGAGCAUGAGAUCGAGCAGUUCGAGGACGACCCGCUCGAGUACAUCCGUCUGGACCUCUCGCUGCCGGCGCUCGGCGGCGCGGGCGUGAGCGCGGACGCGAUGACGCGGAGGCAGGCAGCAGCGGAGGUGCUGCGCGCUUUAGUGUCGUCUGGGUUUGAGGCGGACACGACCGAGGUGGCGGGCGCGUGGAUUGGGCAAGGCCUGCAACAGUACAACGCGAAACCGGAGGUUAAUUGGCGCGCGAAGGACACGGCGAUCUACAUCAUGACUGCUGUCGCGACGCGCGGAAGCACAACGCAGCAUGGCGUAACGUCGACGAACACGCUUGUGGACGUUGUGCAAUUCUUUUCGGAACAUGUCUUCCAGGACCUACAAGCUGAGGCGGGAAGUGUACACCCCAUCCUCCAAGUCGACGCAAUACGGUUCUUGUACACAUUCAGGAAUCAGCUUGUCAAGGCGCAACUGCUAUCCGUCCUCCCCCUACUCGUGCGCCAUAUCAGCUCAGAGAACUAUGUUUGCUAUACAUAUGCGGCGAUCAGCAUUGAACGGAUCCUGUUCAUCAAGCAGGGCAACCAAUUGAUGUUCACACAAGCUGACAUCCACGAGCUUGCACCUCACCUCCUGGACGCGCUAUUGACCAAGAUUGAGAGCGCCGAAACAGCAGACAAAAUUGCUGAGAACGAGUAUUUGAUGAGAUGCGCCAUGCGUGUUAUUAUCACUGCCCGAUCAACGCUCGUGCAGGGCUAUGAGCAGAUCCUGCUGCGGCUGGUCGCCAUUCUUGGCGUGAUCUCCAAGAACCCCAGUAAUCCACUUUUCGAUCAGUACAUCUUCGAGAGCAUGUCAGCUCUGAUGAGAUUUGUUGUCGGGGCAAAAUCGACAACACUGCCGACUUUCGAACAGGCACUGUUCGGCCCCUUCACUAUCAUUCUGCAGCAGGAUAUCGACCAGUACAUUCCUUAUGUCUUCCAGAUCCUCGCGCAAAUGCUCGAGUUACACACAACAGACGUACCCGCGGAGUACCGCAGUCUCCUUCCUUUCCUGCUCACGCCACCUGCGUGGCAACAAAAGGGCAGCAUUCCCGGCUUGGUCAAGUUGCUCAAGGCGUUCCUUUCGCGCGAUGCCAAGCAGAUGGUCGCGGCGAACCAGUAUCCUGCGGUGUUGGCUGUCGUGCAGCAGCGCCUCAUCCCCUCAAAGCUGAAUGACGCGUGGGGCUUUGAGCUCUUGCAAUCUGUUGUGCAGCAUAUCCCACCAUCAGAACUCAAACAGUACUUCCGCGCGCUGCUGGUCAACCUGCUCACGCGCAUGCAGACCAGCAAAACAGACAAAUACGUAUACAACUUCGUGUACUUCCUCGCGUUCACGAUGGCGCUUAACGUGGACGGUCUUGGUCCUGAUUACGUGAUCAGCUCAGUCGAGGAGAUCCAACCUCAACUAUGGUCACAAAUUGUUGGCAAUUUUGUUGCCCCACAGGCACCGCGUAUGCCUCCAAAGGAUCGCAAGGUCGUGGUCGUGGGUCUAACGCGGCUACUCACACAAAGCGUCCUGAUGUUGCAAGAGCCCUCGGUGAACGCAUGGCCUGCGGUAUUCACUGCGCUCGCUACGCUCUUCCAAGAGCCCCAAUACCUCACUAAGAAAGACGAGGUAGACGACCCCGAUGCUGGUCUGACGGCCAUCGACUUCGAAGAACAAACGGCGGGAUACCAGGCAGCGUACUCACGAUUGGCGGCAUCAGAAAGUGUCACCGUUGAUCCCGUAGCAUAUGUACGCGACCCUCGGGAAUUCCUGGGCCAGGAAAUGGUCAAACUCUCCCGGCAGGAUCCUCGGAUCAAGACAUUGGUCGCCGCCGCAGAUGCUACUGUCGCAAGGCCCUUCCUGGCGUCCUUGGCUGGUAGUGGAUAUGUCAUCUAG